UAUGUAAAUUUUUAGUGAGUAUACAAUAUUCCCUUUGUUUGUUCAGUUCCCUUCAAUCUCCAAAUUUUCCUACACAAGAUGAAGUCUUUCCAAUUAGCCAAUGAGUCUUCUCCACUUUCCUUAACUCAAGAUUUUAUCCUUCCAAAACACAAAAGACCACGCCUUUCAGAGGUUACUUUUUUAGACUCAAUACCAAUAAUUGAUUUAAGUCACUAUGAUGACAAAAACCCUUCAUCCAUGGAAGUGGUUCACAAGAUUUCAAAGGCUUGUGAGGAAUUUGGUUUCUUCCAAAUUGUGAACCAUGGUGUCCCUAACAAAGUUUGCACUAAAAUGAUGAAAGCAAUUUCAAGUCUUUUUGAGUUGCCACCAGAAGAAAGAGAACAUCUGUCCUCAACAGAUCCUACCAAGAAUGUAAGGUUGAUCAAUUAUUACCUUCAAGUUGAAGGUGAAGAAAAGGUGAAGUUAUGGAGUGAAUGUUUUGCUCAUCAAUGGUAUCCUAUUGAUGAUAUCAUUCAGCUUUUACCAGAAAAAAUUGGGAAUCAAUACAGAGAGGCUUUCACCGAAUAUGCAAAGGAGGUUGGUUCAUUGGUGAGAAGGCUUUUGAGUUUGAUAUCAAUAGGGCUUGGCUUAGAGGAGGACUGUUUGUUGAAGAAGUUGGGUGAGCAGCCUAGACAAAGAGCACAAGCAAAUUUCUAUCCACCAUGUCCUGAUCCAGAAUUGACCAUGGGACUGCUUGAACAUACUGAUCUCAAUGCUAUCACAGUCCUAUUGCAAUCAGAAGUAUCUGGUCUUCAAGUUAACAAAGAUGGAAAAUGGAUUUCUGUUCCUUGUAUUCCCAAUGCUUUUGUCAUCAAUUUAGCUGAUCAAAUUGAGGUUCUAAGCAAUGGAAGAUACAAAAGUGUAAUUCACAGAGCUGCCACAAAUAAUGUGCAUCCACGAAUGUCGAUGGCAAUGUUUUUCGGGCCAAACCCAGAGACAAUAAUUGAGCCAAUUCAUGAAUUAAUAGAUGAUGAACACCCUCCCAAGUACAGAAGUUAUCGUUUCUCUAAGUUUCUUGAAGAAGUCUUCAACCAUAAAGGAACAAGGAGGAUCGUGAAAGAAACCUUUGAGUUGCCACGUUAGAAAAUAAAUAAAUAGGGCAGACGACUCUUUGGCUAAUAUGUACCUCUCUGCCAGACUAGUCUCUGGCUCAAGAGAAAACAUAAAAUAGCCUCAAACUUUAUUUUGUCUAUUCAAACAUAAAUCUGAUAGUCAUUGUGGCCCGUGACUUUAGUUUUGGACGUUAAGUCUACAAAAAAACUGAGCUGAUACUUUUUUUGGAAACGAUUAAUAUGACAGAAACAUACAUGUCUAUUCAAAUUAUUUUAGUCUUUUUACUUUGCAAUUGAUGCUCCUUGAAGAUAAAUUUUAGUUGUUUUGGCUUAUUGCUUUCAUGUUGAUGGGAGUUUACAUUUUAGCUAUGGAAUGGAGAGUCAAAUGAUUUUUGCUAACGCUGAACAGUUAAUAGUGGUCUGCAUUUGGAACAUGUGUGAAGUAUAUAUGAAUACAUUCACAACACAAAUCACAAUCCAGAUGGUUACAAACUGCUUUUCGAAAAUUAGUGCGGUUUUGAUUCUUCCUCCAUUACUGUGAUGAUCACAAUAGUGUAUUGCAUUUAUCUAAAUGUGCCUUGUUAUUUGGUA